AUGCAGAGUCUAUCGCUUGGACGUCCACCAUCCAUCUGUCUGGCUCACGUCGAUACCAAGCCACCUUCCUACGAUGCACACGGCCUAUAUGUUCCCGAGGAAGAGGUAAUAUAUCACCAAUGGAAAAACACAUUCUUUAUUCAAUGUCUGAAUCCGGCUCUUGAGACUAUCAUUGCAGUCCAGCCUGUGGACUAUUCUGUAACUCUUGGCUUGGACGCGCAAAUACGCGACUUUGCCGUACCGGAUCUACUAGACAAUCGUAAAGGAAACCCGCCGCCUGCGCGUUUCCUUGCCAUGCAACGGGCACUAUUGUCUACUGGUCGGGACAUCGUCAUCUUACAACUUCACCGCCGUUAUUUUAUUCAGACAAUGAGCAGUCCCGUGGCCUUUGAACUACAUCAUACCUACGCUCCCUCAGUGUUGGCUACAUAUCUCGGUGCAGCAUCUAUCAUUACAGCAGUUGAGAUGUUAUUCGAAACCGAGGCGCAACUGAGCGCACGGUUUUUAUGCUUCUGGUUCAACUCGUUUUCGGCAGCUGUGACGUUGGCUCUUCUUGUGUCUCGUGCGCCUGCAUCUCCUCUAGCUCCCUGCGCGUUGAAUGAUCUUGAUAGGGUUAGCCGCCUUUUCCGUAAAGCGGCCAAGAUUCUACCUUUCAGUGUAAAAACUCUGCCCGUAAUGUUGAAAAUGACAGAAAAGGCUCGUAGCAUCCACAUGAAUUGGCGAACUCAAGCUGGUAUUGAUCAGACAAAGUUUGGAAAUGACGCUCAGCUCCGCCUAGGCGAAGUUGGGAACUGCAUACUCCCAUCGUUCUCAGGUUCCCAUUUCAUGCUUCGUCAAUACCUCGAACACCUCAGAAACAUUACACCUAUGAUGCCUUUGUCUAUCCCAGCACCUCCAUCGACCGCUACCAUAGAUCACUUGCUAUCCUCCAAUAAUCGUGCAUGGCUACCUGAUAUCUACUCUUUCAACAGCGUGGGUGUUGGCGUCGAAGGUUAUGCAACUUCGCCUCCCACUCCGUUCAUGCCCUCGGAGCCAAGAGUCAAAAACUUGGAAUCUCUCAAUUUCGACCACGGAGCUUUGAUGACUGAUUUGGAAGAGACUAGUUUCAUGGCGUGGUUCUAG